CACAAUGAACAGCUCUGCUUUAACUGUAGCAUUUACCAGUCUGUGUGUUUGGAUGAUGGGCGCACUGGGUGACAAGAAGUUGGAGGUCGAGCUCGGAGAAAACGUCACUUUGUCGUGUUCAAAUAUCUCCAAAGAGACAACUCAAGUGGACUGGUUCCGAGUGGAGAAUGGAACUAAAGCUCGCUGUAUUUCUUCAGUGUUUGGAUCUGAUGAUGAACCUUCAUAUUGUUCUGGAUUUAAACACAGCAGGUUUCAAAUGAACACCAACAAAACACUUGUGUUUUUGACAAUCUAUCAAGUACAAACCUCAGAUUCUGGAUUGUACUUCUGUGGAUUCUUCAUAAGGUCAAAUGUAGUCCUCGAAGAGUCUACGUACUUAAGUGUUGAAGAUCAUGCUGAUCCAACGAAUAGUGCAAUGAACGAAAACCCACAAACUGGCUGCUUCAGUUGGAUUCCACUAACAACCAUCGCUCUUUGGGUUCUAAGUGGAAUUCUCGCUGUGGUCGUCAUUAUUCUUGCCAUAAAGUACAGCCAACUUCAAAAAGUCAGUAAAGAGCUGCAAAAAAGUGCAAAUGAGGUCCGGUCAGAAGAGCCGAACUAUGCUGCGAUCAAUAUCAAAGCCACAAAAAGACCUCAAACUUUACACAGACAAAUGGAACCACAAGUCAUUUACUCAAGUACAAGAUAACCUGUUUUCACUACACUUCACUACAGAUACAAAUACACACUACCGGUCAAAAGUUUUAGAACACCACACUUUUUCCAGAUUUUUACUGUUUACUGUUGACCAAAACAUAUUCUAAACUUUUGAUUGAUGUGUGUGUCCACCUUUGUCAGAUAGAACAGCUGAACACACUCGUGGCUCGUUCUUUUUACAACAGAAAUCAAAUAUUCUUCAGAAAGUUCUUCCCAAGUCUGUUGCAGAAGUUUCCAUAAAUGUGUGGCACUUGUCGGUUGCUUCACUCUUCUGUCCAGUUCAUCCCAAACCAGCUCCAUGGGCUUUAAGUCUGGACACUGUGCUGCUGCUGGACACUCCAGGUUUUCAAGUUUAGCAUCUUGUUCUUUUUUCCUGAGGUUGUUUUGGCAGAGCUUGGACUUGCGUUUUGUAUCUUUUAUCUUUUUUUAACCUCUGUCUGUUCAGUUCUUUCCUUUGUACCAUUUCAAGAUCUUCAUUGAACUUGCACGAAUUGAAUUACAAAAUAACUGGAAAAAUGAGGGUGUUCUAAAACUUUUAACCGGAAGUGUAGUUGUUUCCUGUUCUCGUCACCCUCUCGAAGUUUUAUUUAGAGUGAUUCAUGCAUGUUUCAUUUAUCUAUAUGCGCCUCUAUUCAUGACGUCAUUGCUCCGAUCAAUCCCUGUUUCCACCACCACCAGCACACGCCCACUGCUCUGUACUUACUCUAUAAUGUCAGUUUUACUUUCCUAAUCGGUGCUACACGUAUGAUUCAGUGGUUACGUAGUCAUUUUUGGUACAAAGACAAAAACAUGCUACUCACUAGUGUGACAUGAGGUGCUGACAACUUCACGUCCUUUUGUUGUGAUGAUGUUUACAGCAACAUUAGCUUUUUUUUCUUUUUUUGAACUUAAGUUUAUGAAGAUCAGCAACACAAAUAAACAUUUAGAACAAUCCUUGACAAAGGGUUAUUAUAUUAGUUAUUAAUCAUGUCAGCUCUUGUAGACGUGUUUUAGUCUCUGUGUCCUUUCUGUCCUUGUCGGAGGGGACGGUUUCCUCCAGUUAACACUGUAGACUUGACUUGAUAAAAUUGACUAAGACUUGGGACUUGGCUUGGACUUGAUGUCAAAGACUUGAGACUUACUUGAGACUUGCAAAACGAUGACUUGGUCCCACCUCUGCCCAGAAGAUUUGUGAGUGAUUCACCAUCGUGCCACAGUUUCUCCAAUAUAAUGGGAGCAUGAUUUUGUAGAAACACACAAGUCAGUAGACUUAUUUCUUUUAUGAAGUCGUUUUAGAUCAAUAUUGUGAUUUUAAAUGUGUAUCACAAAUACACAAAUGUGUAUCAGUGUAUAAAACUGGGAGAAGGAAGUACAGAGCAGUGGGGUGUACCAGUGUGGUGAAAAUGUGGGUAGAUUGGCGCAAUAACUUCUUGAAUACAGGAGAAAAAAGAUUACUCAAACGUGAAUGAAUCAUUCUAAAUACAGCUCUGAUACUAUUUUUGGUACAAAUGAUAAAAACGUGCUACUCACUAGUGUGACGUGAGGUGCUGACAACUUCACAUCUCUUUGUUGCGAUGACGUUUACAGCAACAUCAACUCUAAUGCGCAAGUCAUACAUUUAUUUCUUUUAUGAAGUUGUUAGGUUUAUCUAAACAUUAAAAACAAGAAGAAAGACAAGAGAUUAAUUCAGUUUUACUCAUGAGGAGAACGGGCAGAGAGUGGGCAUCAAAACCAACAGUCUCCACACGUUCUGAUGACUCAAGGCUGUUCUCCUCUUUUUAUUUCAUUAGGAGGCCCUAGUUACAGAAUGAUAAUUCUCAAGGGGAAGGGGAAACCAGCAAAGACAUAAUAAGAAACUGAUGCAGCUAAGCAUAGUACAAACACAUAAAACAUGAUUAACAAUCAGGAGGUGCCUUAGGUUUGGACAGACACCAUCAUAACUCUUGCAUGUGUGACAGUGGGAGUUGGCUUCAUGUGAGGAAUCAUCUGGAGGUUCACUAGAGCGAUAGGACACUGCACACAGUUGUCAAACACACAGAGGUUAUUCAACAAGUGACAAGUGAUUGGUACAUUAUAAAUCAAAGAAUUGUAGUACAUAAAUGGUUAACUCAUAGGUCUAGAAUAACACACAAGUAUUUAGCAAAUAUGGGAUAAUAAAAUUAUUCUGACAGAAGUCGUUUUAGAUCAAUAUUGUGAUUUUGUAACAGUAUACCGGAGAAUAAAGAUGACUCAUACAUGCAUGACUCACUCUAAAUUACAACUUUGAGUGAGUAAAUGAGAACAGAAAACAACUCUAACAUGAUUCAUAGCUCCAAAAAGUCUUCUCACUCAGUAGUUGACACUUCCAUAACCGCACAUUCCUGGUUACCAAAGAGUCAGUCACGCCUUUGACCACCGACUUCGAUCACACGGACGAGGCGGGUGAAGUUUCUUGCCCGAGAUACAACAGCAGAACACACUGGUCACUGCUGCGAUCGGACCGUCAACCCUCAGAUCAACCUUCCAUUUCAGCUCUGCUUUGUUUGAAAGUUGUUUGGAAUAUUUAUUUUGCCAAGACAUACAAUUAAAUAUAAAUUAAAAUAGGGUAGAGUUUAAGCAUUUUUGCCGUUGUGUAUAUAUCUCAAAACAAUAAAAAGCUCAUCUGCACUUGGAA